AUGAACAAGAGAAAAGCAGAUCAGUUCCUACUACAAAUCCUUACUUUAAUAAUAGACAACAUGUGGAAAAUUAUCCUAUUCAUUGUUUUUAAUAUAAAAAUAAAAACUUUUUCGAUAAGAUCCAAAACGCAUUCUAUACAUAUUUUCGCAAGAGACUCCUUGUUAUUAUUUCUAAACUUUUUUUCCACAUGGAUUUUGUUCAUCAGAAAAUUUUAUUCAAAAGGGGAUGCUUUUCCCCCGGAUGUUAUACUACCUAAGUUAUUCUUCAGGAAAUUUAGCAGUCUCUCUAUGCAAAUUCUAAUCAUCUUCAAUUUUGUCGAAUCGAAUUUGUCCUCACUUAGUCACCAUGAGACGAAUGCAUCAUUGUUAAUAAAGCAGAAAGAAAUUAUGGGAAACAUCUUAGAUGCACUGAUAGGUCUAGCAAAAGAUAAAGCACCCGAUGGGCAUGAAAGCGAUUUGAAUAGUCUUCUCCAGUUUAAACUAAAAUUGAACAGUUUAGCAACGCCAAAAAAUGUCCAGGAACUGGCUCAUGUCUGCGACUAUGAAGCAGUGUUUGCUAAAACGAAGCAAAUCUUAAUCGGUAAGGAGAAAAAGAAUAAUCUAUUCGUUACAGGAGUAGAGGCCACAGAAGGAAGGAGCAAAGCGUAUAUGGCGAAGAAUAACGACCCCAGCCGCAAACUGCUUACGGGCUCCGGACAGGAGUAUAACUCGGAUGGCUUUACGUGCAGGAAAGAGAAGGAGUUGGAAGCAGGAAGAUCGAGAGCAGCAUUGGGAGAAACAUCAGGAGUCGCGUCAGGAGCAACAUCAAGAGUGGCAUCGGCGUCGAGGUCGCACUCCCCCUCCGACAGCCUAAGUUCAAAGGAUGGCAAAUGCAAAAAAGGUGAAGGAAAAGAGAAGCAACCUAAUUUCGACCACUUGUCCGAGGAAAUGAGAAAAGAAGCAGCCUUAGAAAGGGCCAAAAAAAUUUUAGAAAAAACGGCUGCCUUCAAAACGCAGAAAAGAGCCAUUGUACUGAAUGAAACAAAUGCGAAGAAUAACAAACAUGAAUAUUUUAAACAGAUGAAGGGAAAGAGACUGGAAGCAGAGAAUAGCCUGAAUAAGUAUUAUGUCAUGUUGCAGGAGUUCCUCAAUUGGGACUUUAGCUGUUUGGAGAACAUGGAAAAGUACAAGAGGUGUAUUAAUGAGGAGAUCCCCCUGUGCUUCAGGAGCGAGGAAGAUUACUACAGAUUUUUUAGACCAAUGGUGCUGGAAGAGUGUAGGUGCUGCAUGGUUAACAAAAUGGCGGGAAGUACACACCGAUACGUGCUAAACUUGGUAGCGAAGAAGAAAACGUCGUACUGGAUAGAAUGGCAGAUGUCGUUAGCAAAUGAGAACAAGGCAAUCGAUGAUAGCUUAAAGCCAAUGGAUUUGAUUGCAUUAAUUCCAUUCGAAAGUGAGAGGAACGUUUUGUUGGAUAACGACAAAGGGACUGUUAAAUAUCAUAAUUUGAAAAAGAUUUUAAAAUACAAUAAACAUUUAAUAGGAUUGGUAGAUUUUUCCAUGAAUAAAACGGAAAAUAUGUGCGACGUUAAGUUAAUUAAUGAAGACAUUUUUCCCCAACAAUCGGGAAAUGAAAAAAAUAGAUUAAAAUUAAAUUGUCUUACGUGUAAUAAGUUCAAUGCCUAUUUUUUGUGUAACUUAAUGACAAAUAUAAGAGAAUUUCAAAGUGUGUAUUUGAGUAGGAACUCCUCCCUAUUUAACAUAAUUCUGAACCCUACCUUGUGUAAUAGCAAUUUGAAGGAAACGAAAAAGAGGUCCUUUAGUAACGGUUGUUUGGAUGAAGAAAAUCGGGGAUCGAAUCAAAUGUGGAGACGUAAUUUAACCAAAUUGGAAAAGUACAUAUUGAAUGUUAUGAAAGAUUAUAAUUUAUUAAAUGAGUCUCAAAUAGAGGCCGUUAAAAUGGUUUUUCUAAAUAAAAAUAGCAUUUCGUUAAUACAAGGCCCACCAGGUACAGGCAAGACGAAAACAGUUAUUGGGAUUAUAUCGGCUUUGUAUGCCAUUAUUAAUCACAGGAAUAAUGAGGAAAAAAGAGAACUAGCAAAGAAAAAGAAUUGUGCUUAUAAUGAGCAGAGCGAAAAUUGCAAUAAAAAAAUUUUGGUCUGUUCUCCCUCCAAUUCUGCAAUCGAUGAGAUUGCCAAGAGGAUCCUAAAUGAUGGGUUAAUAAAUUUUCUCAAUAUUGGGGGAUCGAAAAGUGGUAGCAAAAAGAGCAGCCGAAGUAGGAGUAGGAACAACAGCAUCAAGAGCAGCAACAGCAGCAACAACGGCAGCAACAAUAGAAGCAAGAUGAGCGUAUUUUGGGGAGAUGGCCAGGUUAACGGUGUGACGAAUCCAAAGAUGAAGAAAAUGCUGAACGCACAAAGUUCACACAGAAGAGUGAAAAGCGAGAAUGGAGAAGAAAGCCGUACUAGGGAUAGGGACUUCCCAAAACAAACCAUCACGCCCAAAUGCAUCAGAAUAGGUAUAUCGAAGAGGACACAUGAAGAAAUACAACCCAUUUCCCUAGAUUACAUAUUCAGUAAGAGAAAAAAUAUGGAAAAAAACGUGUACGAAACGCGCUUUAAUGAUAAAAAGAAUAAAAUGUCCCUUUCUCUUAAGGCGAUAGAUCACACAUGUAGCAGAGUGGAAGAAGUGAGAGGGAAAGUAAAUCACAACGAUUCUAAGAAGUACUGUUUCGAUUUUAACGAAACCAAAUCUAAAUCAACAUCGCUUGAAAAAAUCGAAAAUGUAAACGAUUUUUUUUCAGAAGAAAUUAUAAACAAUGUGGAUAUAAAAUAUUUGGAAAAAUUGUUAUAUCUAUUUAAUGAAUCUUUUUCUCAUUACGAAUGGAGCUUGGAAAAACUGAAAGCAGAAAAAAAAUCCUUUGACGAGAAGAAAAAAAAACUGAUAGAUACGGACAAGGAAAUAGGUUCUUUCUAUGCAAAUAGUAAUAAGGAUAAUAUGAUUUUCGAAAGUGAAGUGAUAUUUAGCACCCUAUCAGGAAGUGCAUCUCCCGUAAUUGAGAACUUAGAAUUUGAAUAUUUAAUAAUAGAUGAAGCUUGUCAGUGUGUGGAAUUAAGUUGUUUAAUACCUUUCAGAUUAAAAAUUAAAAAUGUAAUUAUGUUGGGAGAUCCAAAGCAAUUGCCAGCCACCACAUUUUCAUCUGAUUGUACAAAAUAUGGAUACAGUAGAUCAUUAUUUGAAAGGCUGCUAAUGUGUAAUGCUCCAAACGUUUUGCUUAAUGUGCAGUAUCGUAUGAGAGAAGAAAUUUGCUGCUUCCCGAACAUGUAUUUUUACAAGGGGUUGAUAAAAAAUGAUGAAAAUUUAAUGAAGAAGUCGUCAUUUUAUUUGCAUUAUUUAAAUCUAUAUGGGUCUUAUAAAUUUAUCAAUAUCGAGGGAAUAGAAUCCACUACAUGUCAUAAGUCGUACAUUAAUUAUGUAGAGGCCUAUUUCAUAUUCAAAUUAGUAUUAUACAUUCACCACUUUUUUAGUAACAAAAAUGAUGAAAAUCCAAUUCCUAGUUUUUACAAGUUUUCUGCUAAUUUUAGCUUGAGUGAUAUAGGAAUUAUUUGUCCGUACCUAUCUCAAGUGCAUUUAAUAAGAACAAUGUUUGAAGGUUAUUUUCCAUCGAGUAGCUCGCCAGAAGUUUCCACGGUGGAUUCGUUUCAAGGGAGAGAAAAGAGUAUCAUCAUUUUUUCUUGCGUGCGUUCAAAUCGUCAGGCGCUGGAAAUGUUUAGAAACAGGGAUGAAUUAGAAAAUGAAAGUGGAAAUUUUUAUCCACGUGGGCAAAAGGGAGGUUAUCGUAGUUAUAGUGACCGAAGUUUGGAUGACGCCCCCUUUGACGACGCCACUUCGGAUGACUCCUGUGUUGACGAGCUGCAUACGAAAAAGUGGUUUAACGUGGACCGGAAAUGUGUGCCAACUGAGAAUGACUUCAAAUCGGUACAUAAUAAACGUGGAAAUAAUAUCGGAUUUUUAAAAGAUGAAAGAAGAUUAAAUGUCGCUCUUACCAGAGCGAAGGAUUGCUUAUGGAUAAUAGGAAAUAAAAAGAAUUUGGAAAAAAACGCCAUGUGGGAUUCGUUAAUAAAAGAUGCAGUUGCAAGAAAUUAUUAUUCAGAUUUAGAUCUAAAUUUUGGCCGGAGCACGACAGAGGAAAACAUAAAAGGCAUAAUUGAUACGUAUUUUUCUCAAAUUGGUAAGAAUGCAGCGGAAGGGAAAAACUUCAAGGAUGGUGAAAAUAACAUAAAUCACGAGAUAUUUAGCUCAUCCAAUUCUGACAGUAGCAUAAAUGGAUUCAGAAGAAAUAACGGAAGUCUCUUUAAAGAAAGAAAAGAUUUUUCGCGAGUAAAUUAUAUCACUGGGACUGAGAAAGAAUUGAAAACCAACAUGAAUCCGAGUACGGUGCUUCAACGUGAAUUUAUGUUCAGCAAGGCUUAUACUGGCAACAGAUAUUGGGGGAAUGGCGAAAAUGGAAAAAAUGAAAACAUAAAAAAUGGUAAUUUUGGGAGGAACGUAAAAAAAAGACCAAACGAUGGAAGCGGAGAAGCCGAGCAAGAGGAUCUGUUCCUCAAAAAACGGAGGCACAACUACUGA